AUGGAGCAAGAGACGCCUCAGAAUGACAAAAAUGGUAACGCUUUUCCGGCAAAGCAGUUGCCACCGAUAAAUUCAUCAAAGCAGCGGAAAACGAAAAAAUUCAUACUCUCCAAAUACACCAUAUAUGAGACCAAGGAUCGCAUGUACAUUGUGGGGAGUAACAAGCGGGAAACGAUGUUCCGAAUUUUAGAGAUAGAUCUCUCGGUUCCGAACAGUGAUUUAUCGGUGCUGGAAGACAACGUUUUCUUUACCAGGUCCGAAAUCAUGAAUGUCUUGGCGGCCCUGGAGGAGGCCAAUGACGAAGGGCUAAACAAGAGAUUGACUGGCUACGGUUUGUUGGGCUUCAUUAGGUUCACUGACUGCUAUUAUCUGAACGUUAUAACUAGAACAAGUCAGGUUGCCGUUUUAGGGGGCCACUGCAUAUACCAUAUUGACGAAACUGAACUGGUACCGUUGUCGAAUUCGUACAAGAAUCCAGACAAGUACUCAGCAGAAGCAAGGUUUCUCAGUACUUUUUUGAACCUAGAUUUGAGCAAGACAUUUUAUUUCAGCUACACAUAUGACAUCACCAAUACGUUGCAGACAAAUAUUUUGCGAGAGAAAUUGAAAGCUGUAGAUCGAGCCGAUCUUUCAAUACCGACAGGUAUACCAGACUACAACGAAAUGUUCAUGUGGAACAGUAACCUUUUGAAACCCGUCUUCCCCUGUAUAGAUACCGUUUACGACUGGUUUCAGGCCAUGGUUCACGGUUUCAUUGACCAGGUGAAUGUACUGAUCUGGGGUAGAAGCGUUUAUGUUACACUAAUUGCGCGACGGUCUCAUCAUUUCGCUGGAGCAAGGUAUUUGAAGAGGGGUGUCAAUAAGCAAGGCUAUGUUGCGAACGAAGUUGAGACAGAACAAAUUGUCUCAGACAUGAUUUUGACGCCAUUCCAUCAGCCCGACAACGGCUACUUUGAUAGCGACCGAUACACUUCGUUUGUUCAACAUCGAGGAUCAAUACCCUUGUGCUGGUCACAAGAGGCUUCCAACCUGACGGCUAAACCUCCUAUUCAAGUCAAUGUAAUAGAUCCUUUCUUCAGCUCGGCUGCUUUACACUUUGAUCGGCUGUUUCAGCGGUACGGUGGCGGGUCAAUACAAGUCUUGAACCUCAUCAAAACCAAAGAAAAGAAUCCCCGAGAAGUAAAGUUACUGAGCGAAUUCGAACAGUGCAUUAACUACCUUAAUUCGUUUCUGCCGGAAGAGAAAAAAAUCAAAUAUACUUCAUGGGAUAUGAGUAGAGCCUCGAAGUCUCACGGUCAAGUGGUCAUUGAGUUCUUGGAACGUUACGCCGUCAAUACCGUUGAGACGACUGGGAUUUUUCAUAAUGGGCGCGAUUUUAAAACUACUAAAAUUCAAGAGGGCAUUUGUAGAACUAAUUGUAUCGAUUGUCUUGAUCGAACGAAUGCUGCACAGUUUGUGAUAGGAAAGAGGGCGUUAGGUGUGCAGCUCAACGUCCUGGGAAUUGGCGAUAAUUCAUUCCUAGAGUAUGACUCAGAUAUUGUGCACAUUCUCACUGAACUAUUUCAUGACCACGGAGAUACAAUUGCUUUACAGUACGGGGGCUCACAUCUUGUAAACACUAUGGAGACUUACAGGAAAAUCAAUCAGUGGAGCUCUCACUCUAGAGACAUGAUUGAGAGUAUCAAAAGAUUUUACAGUAAUUCAUUUGUAGACGCUCAAAGACAAGAUGCCAUCAAUCUUUUCUUGGGUCAUUAUGUGUGGCAAGAGGGAAUGCCUGCUUUGUGGGAAAUGAACACUGAUUUUUAUUUACACAUGGGAUCAGACAUUGGUGCUUGCAAAAGAAGCUACACAAAAUGGUGGAAUAUUUAUCAUACCAAAAGUUUGCGGGAAACGAUAAAGGAAGAGAUAUAUGAUAAAAAGAAUGAUGUGACGAGGGAUAAAGUUAUCAAGAAUGUACGAGGCUAUCCGGGAGCUUUUGAUAACUAUUGGAAUGAGUAUUAUGCACCGCGGUUACUUUCGUCUUUGAAGGAUUUGUUUGCCUUUAAUAUGAAUUCUACAAGGCGAUAUAACAUCAAUGAGAAGCGAGGAAAUGCCGUGUCUCCAUUCCAUUCCAGGAAACAGAGCUUUUUAAAUAACAAACUGAAAGGUUUAGCUUCCAUGAAACCUACUAUAGAAAAUGUUUCAGUUUCCAGUAGUAUGGGCUUUUCAUUAAGAGACGAAAAUGAACUUUGCCAUGUAUUCUUGAAGAAGCAGGCCACUGAAUUAGGAGACCUUAAAGAGCAGCUAGAUGAGUUCAAUAUUCUUCAGAUUGGCUCCGAAAUAGCUAUGGUGGACAAAGACUAUGCAUUAGAAUCAGGCACUGUGUUUUCCUCUGACAAUAUGCCAUCACUAUACUCCGAAGCGUCAACGAGUUCUUUGCGCAUUGAAAGGAGCGUUUACGACCAUUACCAUAAAGCUUCUGAGUACAACGCUUUAGGAAAUUACUAUACGGCAGAUGCAUACGACGCGCACGUUACUGCAGAUGAGACGAAGGUAUAUGAAGCAUUUUACAAAAGUUAA